CUACGCAGAUCCUCUUCAUCACAGAAAACCAAGUGAGCUCUUCUACUCUUCGCGUCUCAACUCUCCACUGCAACAAUGGGUGUGAGCACCAAUGGCAAUAGAGUUGACUCCUUCACCACCACCAUCAAAUUCCAAGCUGAGAUAGCAAUGCCGCCGUUGGAAAUCCACAAGGUUCGCCUGCCACCGGAGCGCACCACCCUGCAGAAACUCCGGCACAGGCUCUCUGAGAUCUUCUUCCCUGAUGAUCCACUUCACAGGUUCAAGAACCAAACAUGGCUCAUGAAGAUUUACCUUGGGCUUCAGUACUUGUUCCCCAUUUUCCAAUGGGCCCCUGAGUACCACCCUACCCUCCUCCGCUCCGACAUCAUCUCCGGUCUCACCAUUGCCAGCCUCGCCAUUCCUCAGGGAAUCAGUUAUGCAAAGCUUGCAAACUUGCCUCCUAUUAUUGGAUUAUAUUCAAGUUUUGUGCCUGCUUUGAUAUAUUCCCUGCUUGGAAGUUCAAGACAUCUUGCUGUUGGUCCUGUUUCCAUUGCAUCUUUGGUGAUGGGAUCAAUGUUAAGCGAAUCAGUUUCUUAUAACCAAGAUCCAAUUCUGUAUCUGAAAUUGGCUUUCACUGCCACUUUCUUUGCUGGUUUAUUCCAAUCUUCUCUGGGUAUACUAAGGUUAGGCUUUGUAAUUGAUUUUCUCUCAAAGGCAACACUAGUGGGUUUCAUGGCUGGUGCAGCGAUCAUUGUGUCACUACAACAACUCAAAGGGUUGCUUGGAAUAGUUCACUUCACCGGCAAGAUGCAAAUAAUACCCGUAAUGGUCUCUGUUUUCAAGCAUAGGGACGAGUGGUCAUGGCAUACCAUUUUAUUGGGAAUCAGCUUCCUGGCCUUCCUGCUUAUAGCAAGGCAAAUUAGCUUGAGGAAGCCAAAAUUGUUCUGGGUUUCAGCAGCUGCCCCAUUGGCUUCAGUUAUUCUGUCUACCAUUUUAGUCUCUUGUUUGAGAAAUAAGACCCAUACAAUUGCAAUUAUUGGUGAACUGCCAAAGGGACUUAAUCCACCAUCAUCAAACAUGUUAUACUUCAAUGGUCCUUAUUUGGCCCUCGCUAUCAAAACCGGACUUGUCACUGGGAUCUUGUCUCUCACUGAAGGAAUUGCUGUAGGAAGAACAUUUGCUGCACUUAGAAACUACCAAGUAGAUGGAAACAAAGAAAUGAUAGCCAUUGGUGUUAUGAACAUAGCUGGCUCUUGCUCUUCAUGCUAUGUCACAACAGGAUCCUUUUCACGAUCAGCGGUUAACUAUAAUGCCGGAGCACGGACAGCAGUCUCUAAUAUUAUCAUGGCUUCAGCAGUUCUUGUGACCCUUUUGUUUCUCAUGCCUCUGUUCUAUUACACUCCAAAUGUUGUGUUAGCAGCCAUUAUCAUCACUGCUGUUAUAGGGCUAAUAGAUUAUCAAGCUGCCUAUAAAUUGUGGAAGGUUGACAAGCUUGAUUUCUUGGCCUGCUUGUGCUCCUUCUUUGGGGUUCUGUUCAUUUCAGUGCCUUUAGGCCUUGGAAUCGCGGUGGCAAUAUCAGUCUUCAAGAUCCUGCUUCAUGUCUCGCGGCCAAACACACUGGUUUUGGGGAAUAUACCAGGGACAACGAUAUUCCACAACCUUAACCAGUAUAGAGAAGCUUUGAGGAUGCCUUCAUUUCUCAUUUUGGCGGUUGAGUCUCCAAUCUACUUUGCUAAUGCAACUUACCUGCAAGAAAGGAUAUUGAGAUGGGUUCGCGAAGAGGAAGAACGUGUAGAAGCAAACAAAGAAAGUACAUUGAGGUGCAUAAUUUUAGACAUGACAGCUGUUACUGCCAUAGACACAAGUGGGAUAGACACUUUAUGUGAACUUAGAAGGAUGCUGGACAAAAGAUCACUUCAGCUUGUGUUGGCAAAUCCUGUUGGAAAUGUGAUAGAAAAGUUACACCACUCAAACAUUUUGGAUUCCUUUGGGUUGAAAGGAGUCUAUCUCACAGUGGGAGAAGCUGUGGCUGACAUUUCAUCCCACUGGAAAGCUCAAGCUUAAUUUCCACAGAUGAAUCUCAAGGACAAAGGGAGAUCACGGCUUCUAACUUUCACCACAAAACUAACAUUGGAAGUUUUUCGCCAACCUGCUGAGUACUUUGUUUUAGUAAAAAAAAAAAAACCUUGAAAAUCAGGGUGUUUCAUAUCUCAGGAUGUUAUUUUUAUGUCUUCUGUUACUUUUGUCCAAUUUUGGCUUUUGUUAGAGAAAAAGAGCAUCCAAGCUUGAAAUAUGGUGACGAUGACUUUAUUCUGUGGACAUUAAGGAUAAGUAUGAAUAUAUUUAUUUUAAGAACAAAGAAAGAAUUCAAGACGAGUGUUUGACUCUUCUUUUGCACAACUUUACAUCACCAAAUUGUGCACAUUUUCCGAUCAUUUUUAUGCCUUUAUUUUCAAAAUUUCAAGCUCAUAUUAUGCCACUUUCAUCAAUAGAACUAGCACAAGCACAUACUAUUGGAGAACGCCAUCGUUAGAAGCAGCGUUUCUAAUGCCUAAAGUGUAAAUCAUGCAAGUUCUCUUGUAACUUAAACAAGGUUAAUAA